AUGGGAGAGAGUUACAAUUCCAAGAUUCAAGUAUGGAAAAAUACCAUUGAACAGAACAGGUCGACGGUCGAAUUUCUUCAAAAAGUGAAAGAAAAGCAGGUCAAAGAUUGCAACUCAGACGAUAUGGACAUUGACACACAGUUAGACUUGACGGACAAUGUUGUAAACACCUACUCGUCGUAUACACCCGAGGUACUGCAACAGGCUACUAAGCUGAUUUUGAAAAUUCAAGUCUCGCGGAAUGAAACAGGUCUAACAGAUGAAAAUUUGAAGGACGUAAUCAAACACCUGGAAUCUGAGAAACUUCCCUUGUACAAGUGAGCAAAAUUUUAAAUUUUAUUAAUGAAUUUGACUGUACGCGAGCCAGACUGUACAUUUCAUUUGUCAUUAUAGCCUUUCUCGCGAAUAUCAAAUUCACAAUUUUUGGAGCGCACUUUUUUUAAAACGACGUGAACAAUCUAAACGAUGUGAAAACAUUUUUUUUCAAAUAUUUAACUGUAAAUUAACUUACAAUGAUUAUACUAUACUCAUAAUUAGUUAUAUAAUCCUUUAUUUACUGCGCAGCUAAAAUAAGAACAAAGCGUUUGAGGUAUCCUUCUUCUUAAGAUUAAUAAACACCUCAAAGACAAAAAAUGAAUUUUCAACACCCUUUUUAAGAAUGAGCUCUCAAAAACGUUUUUGUAGGAUUGUUGGUGACAAUGUCGACCUAGAAGUUCAUGCUAGAAUUCAAACCAAGGAUCAUGGGAAUAAAUCUCUUCACUGGACACAUCAAUUCGCAGAACGAGCUCGCAUUGUCUCAUCGAUUCCUACAAAGCAAACCCAUCAAAAGGGUUUAAAGAUGUCCAGCUGGUUGAAUUACUGCCAUCUGCCGCUGUGCUGA